AUGGGAAUCAAAGUUCGUAAACCUUUCUGCCUCAGCUUCAAGGGAGUACCUACAUCGCUGAAGAUUCUUUGUGAUAAUAUCUCUGGUACUUUUGUGCUUUCCGAAUCUCUUAACAGAUUAAUCAGCCUGGUAUGGACCAAAGUGGAUGAAACGCUCCUCAACACAAUGAUCUGGUUUUAUGAUCCUCUCCUUCAUUGCUUUACUUAUAGGGACUUUCAAUUGGUUCCCACAUUAGAGGAAUUUUCCUCCAUCCUAGGAUUACCUGUGCUUGAUCAGAUGCCCUACACUGGCGAAGAAGAGAUUCCUAAGUUGGAAGAUGUUGCUGCUGCAUUGCAUUUGCCUCGAUCAGAAAUUAAAAAGGUUUGGGUGAAUAAAGGAGACUACACUGGUUUGCCUAUUGACUUCUUAUAUAGUCAAGCUGAAAUCUUGAUUAAUGCUGCAAGUAUGGAUGCUCUUGAAAAAGCCCUCGCUCUCCUGAUCUAUGGGCAAGUCUUGUUUCCUCAUUAUGACAAAAUUGUGGAUGUGAUUGCCAUUAAGAUCUUCAUCAGCAAUAAUCUGGUUCCUAUCUUAUUGGGUGACUUGUUGCAUUCCAUCCAUCAUCGAUCAUCUAAAGGGAAAAGCUGCGUUCUUGGAUGUGCGCCUCUUAUACAUAAGUGGUUUAUUUCUCACUUAUCCCGUUCCAUAAUAAAGAAUGAAGAAGGUGGGACUUGGGUUCAAAGAGCCAUGAGGCUUUCAUACGACGAUAUCGUUUGGAACCAAAAAGAAUACAACCGGAAAGAAGAAGUUGUUUAUUAG